GGGCCGGAGCGGCGCCUGAGCAGGAAGAAGCGGGCUCGGCGGCGGCGCUGCCGGCGGGAUGGAUCUGUUCGGGGACCUCCCGGAGCCCGGCUCCUCGGCGGCGGGGAAGGAAGCCCAGAAAGGGCCUCUGCUCUUUGACGACCUCCCACCAGCCAGCAGUGCUGACUCAGGAAAAGGAGGCUCUCUACUCUUCGAUGAUCUUCCACCAGCCAGCAGCAGUGACACAGCCUCCGGUGCUACUGAGCAAGUCUCAUCAGCAGGGAGCCAUGGGAAAGGGGAGAAGAGAAAGUCCUUGGAGGAGGAAGAGAAGAAUGGCAGGGAAGAACUUGUGGAAAAGAAAGUUUGUAAAGGGUCAGUGGGCAUUCUUGGAUUGAAGGGUUAUGUGGCAGAGAGGAAAGGUGAAAGAGAAGACAUGCAGGAUGCACAUGUCAUCUUAAAUGAUAUCACCGAGGAAUGCCAGCCUCUGCCCUCCCAAAUCACGCGUGUCUCGUACUUCGCUGUUUUUGAUGGCCACGGGGGAGUCCGAGCCUCAAAAUUUGCAGCACUGAAUCUGCACCAAAAUCUGAUUAAGAAAUUUCCUAAAGGUGAGGUAGUCAGCGUGGAGAAAACUGUGAAGAGAUGCCUUUUGGACACCUUCAAACACACAGAUGAAGAGUUUCUAAAGCAGGCAUCCAGCCAGAAGCCAGCAUGGAAGGAUGGCUCCACAGCUACUUGUGUCCUAGCUGUUGACAAUAUUCUCUACAUAGCCAACCUCGGGGACAGCCGGGCGAUUCUGUGUCGUUAUAAUGAAGAGAGUCAGAAACAUGCAGCUUUAAGCCUCAGUAAAGAGCACAACCCCACCCAGUAUGAGGAGCGUAUGCGGAUACAGAAAGCUGGGGGAAAUGUCAGGGACGGAAGAGUCCUAGGAGUGCUGGAGGUUUCCCGCUCCAUUGGGGAUGGCCAGUACAAACGCUGUGGUGUCAUCUCUGUGCCAGAUAUCAAACGCUGCCAACUCACACACAAUGACAGGUUCAUUCUGAUAGCAUGUGAUGGUCUCUUUAAAGUCUUUACACCAGAAGAAGCUGUGAACUUCAUUGUAUCCUGCCUGGAGGAUAAGAACAUCCAGAUGAGAGAAGGGAAGCUAGAAGCAGACGCUAGAUAUGAAGCUGCAUGUAACAGACUGGCCAACAAGGCAGUACAGCGAGGGUCAGCAGACAAUGUCACGGUCAUGGUGGUCCGGAUAGAGCACUGAGAGAUGAGGUGCGGCAGCAGGACUCCCAGCUUGCGGCAGAUGUAAGGGAAGGGAGAAGUCGGUAUGCGUGCAUAUUUGGCUGGGAGAGGGAGGGUCCUGCUGGAUGCUCUUCAGUGUAAAUAAAGUUGUUUUUGUUUUUUUUC